CGCCCCGAUGACAUACUUCGCCUUGAUGACUUCCCCGGACUCGAAUGAGACCUCCAGCCUCCCAGAAUCGUCGGUGGACUCCUUGAGCGAAGCGACCUUCAUCGGUCGGAAGACGCGGAUCCCGAGUUCCGUCACCUUGGCCAGGAUCGACCGCUCCGUGCUAGAUUGCGGGAUGAGGAGGCCGAAAGGGAACUUGGUCUGGUCUGUCAGCGUCGUAAAGUCGGCGAGGAAGGAUGGUGUCCAUGCACCCAAUGGUAUCCAAAGCCUACGUGUGUGUUUUGGUCGCGUGUAGGAGCCAGAAAAUCCCCAACCCACCUCGAGCGUCGCUGCGUGGAUCAUCAUGGCGCGCGAGGCGUUCUCGCCCGGCUCGAUGGCGUCGACUACCACCACGUCCUUGAUGCCUUGUUUGUGCAGGGAGAGCGCCGUUG